UACAAAUUUUGCAAACAGUUCAAUCAGAUCGUUAGCUUGAAUAGGUACAACGCGCAAAUAGUUCUACUGCCAGUGUUUAUUUCGAAAAUUGUAUUUUUUUAUUUUCGUAUUUUUUUUUUUUUUGUUUUUUGGUUUUUUCUCAACAAACAUUCAAUAAGGAUGCGUGACUUAUCUUUAUUAAAUGUACUCUUCAUUUGCCUCUGCUGCUGCUGCUGCUGCUACGGUGCAAUGGCCUACCAAAUACCAAGAGUUACACUAGAAUUGUUAAAUGAUGGAUUUCGAGUUUCAAUACCGGAUGAACCUGGUGUUACAAUGGUCGUAUUUAACAUCGAAAUCGAUCAGCAGUGUCCGGUGUUGUUGGAUUUGAUAACCGAACAAAGAGGCAACUUUUGGAUGAGCGAACAACUCACAUAUAAACUAGAGAGAAAUAGUAAAGUGAAAAUAAAUGUUAUGGCAAUGCAUACAACGGGUCUAUUUUCACGAACGGAUCUUGUCGUGAUCUCGGAAAAUUUUGCUGCCAUCUAUCAAACUAUCAAAGAGGGUGACGAACCUAUCGAUACAUGUGCCGCUCAACCGGAGUCAGUGGAUAAUACUGCGAAAGCAAGCGAAACAAAAGUUUUUAUAGAGAAUCGUUUAUCUGAUAAAUUAUAUAAAAGUAAUGAUCAGAUUUUUAAUGAAGAAUUUAUAAAUGGAAAAUUGCCGAAUUGGAAUAAGGACGAAUAUAUAUCUUCCAAUGCUAUUGGUGAUAGAUCGGAAGAUUUUGUUUUGUACUCCAAAAAUAAUACUAAUUUGAGCGUGAGCCAACAGACUUUAUUAAUAACACCCUCCAUAUCUAAAUAUAACAGCCAAAGUACUUUUACUAUAGACAGAUGUACUCCACCAGCAUGCUACGAGAACAAUAACUAUGUAUGCGAAUAUAUGAAGGAAAGAACUAGAACUUAUAUGUAUCCUCCACCUGUUUCAUCGGCGAGAAUAAAUACCAAAGACAAAUUUAGUUUUCAGUAUGGUCGGAUUGAAAUUGAUGCAAAACUGCCCGAAGGAGAUUGGUUAUUUCCAUACAUAAUGCUCGUACCAGAUAAAGAAAAUUGCACCAAACGGAAACAACUCCGCAUAUCUCAUGCUACAUCUAACGAUUUGCUAAAUCUCCGUAUAAGGGGCGGGCCAGUUGUAAUUAAUGGCCGGCCGAAUCCGUCUAAGCCAUCAAAACAUAUGUUUGAUCGCAUGAGCUAUAUGACCAUACGUGGAGAUGUUGAGAAACCAAAUGGCUAUCACAAUUACACACUAGUAUGGACCUCUCAGGAAAUACGCUUAUAUUUUGAUAAUGUGAAAUUUGGUUGUAUAUCAAAUAACGGUGAAUAUGAUGAGCCUUUUCAUAUAGUACUGGGUGUUGGUGCAGGUGGACAUUUAGAGUUUCCUGAUACAAAAUCAAAACCAUGGAGAAACGGUUAUAAUGACGCAUUUACGCUAUUUCAUUAUAGCUUUACUGACUGCUGUGCAACUGGUACUCCGAAAGUCUCAUGCAAGGAAGGGAAAAGAAGCAGAAUAUGCAGCAAACAAUGGGGCCCUCAAGCGACUAUGGCCAUUAGAUCUGUGCGAGUUUAUGCCGUGUAAUAUUUUUUAGUUAGUCCCAUAAUAAUAACAGUAAAAAUGAAAUCAAAACAUAUAUUGGCCUAAUAAAAAGUUAUCUAUUAUUUUUGCAUCAAA